CUAAUUAUUGCAUCCCAUUUAUUCCUCCAAACCACUCCUACUUCCAACCUCCACGCGCCUGGGCACAACGACGAGAGGCUCCUUCUUCCCAACGGCAAACCCAGGCCUCUCGGUCACAUCCAGGUCCUCCACUCGGGCCCCACCCGGCAGCUCAAAGUCAAAGUUUUUCACAAGGUUCGCCACCGUGUGCUCCAUGCCCAUGGCCGCAAACCCUAUUCCGGGGCAGAUCCUCCGGCCAGCCCCGAACGGAAGCAACUGGAAGUCGAACCCCCUUCGACUGACGAGUCCACGAAUCUCUCGGGAAUGAACCUCUCCGGAUCCUUCCAAAAGGCUCGGUCCUGCCCGAUGGCCCACACGUUCAUCAGGACAAUCGUCUCGGGCUCCACGUCGUACCCCAUGAAGUUCACGUGCUCUCGGGCCUCGUGCAGG